AUGUCCGAGUUACUAGAAACGCUUGCAGUUCUCGAUGGAGUAGAAACUGUUGUAGAAGUUGUUGGAAUUGAUGAUGUGGUUGACGUAGAAGUAAAUGAUGAUGUUGUCGAAGUGGAUAUGGUCGAUGUAGUACGGGUUAAUACAAUCGAUUGUUGUGGCGAAAGAGGAGGUGUAGAAGGUAUGGGAGUUGUGAGAGAUGUGGAGGUAGGUGACGUGGGUGACGUGGCGGUAGGUGAAGUAGGUGAGGUGGGAGAUGUGGAGGUAGGUGAGGAGUGA